AUGUCCAACCCAACUAGCGUCGAGUCCACUGCCUCGGCCCCUCUGCCACCCCAGCCUCUCAGCCAACCUACCCCGGCUGAAUAUUCCGUCUAUGUUGGCGACUUGCCUCCUGAAAUAACUGAAGAACAACUGACCCAAGUCUUCAGCCAAGCCUCUCCAGUAGAAAAAAUUCGUAUCAAAUUGCCAAAGAGAAACACACGUUUCCGACGGGCGUAUGCUUACGUUACUUAUUCUUCUGCCGACGCUGCAACCGCAGCCAUCCGAGAAUUCAACCAAACCGAAUUCUUGGGAAAGCCCUGCCGGGUCAUGAAAUCUAUACACGGAGCUGCCAAGGGCCUUUCUGAAGCUAACGUUUUUGUCAAGCAUUUGCCUGCCAAGCUUAGCGCCAUAGCAUUUCACGAUACGUUUGCUGACUUUGGGGAAGUCUUAUCUUCUAAGUUAGCCAUCGAUCAUCUGAAUGUCCCAAAGGGCUACGGCUUUGUUCAAUAUGCAACUGCUGAGCAAGCCCAGAAGGCCAUCAGAGAGACAAACGGGUCGACCCUCGAUGUUGAGGGCGCCACGAAACCGAUCAAAACCAGCCUAUUCAUCAAGAAAGAGAAUCGGAUCGUUUCCCGAGAAUUCAAGAAUGUGUUUUUUAGGAAUUUGUCCACCAAGAUCACAUUGGAGAAGUUCAAGCAGACUUGGAGUAAGUAUGGCGUCAUAACUUCCGCCUUUCUAAGCCUAGGUAAGGACGGAAAACCAACCGGUACAGGAUUUGCUAACUUUGAAAAGCCAAGCGCUGCGGCCAAGGUCGUCAAAGUCACCCAGAAGAAGAAAGCACCCGGUAGAGUCCACGCUGUCCGCGCCCUCACUAGGUCGGAACGUGAGCGCUACAAGUCUCGAAAGGCCGCCCAGGCCUCUGAGGUUGCAGCACAGUAUUAGUGCUUGAUUGC